AUGGCUAGUGGUUUUUGGAUUGUGAAGAUGACGGAUCGGGCCCGCCUGAUCUCGGCCUUUAUUACCCCAUUUGGACUUUUCGAGUGGAAUCGGAUGCCUUUUGGGAUGAAGAAUGCGCCGCAGAUUUACCAGCGGAUGAUCGACAACGCCCUGUAUGGGUUCACCCGGAUCCCGAAAAUGGCAGGUGACCUGGGGCGUCUGGAUGUAUUUGAGGCCGGAGAACCUGAAGAUCUGGGCAAACCAUCGGUGUUAGGACGCAGAUCCUAUAUCGACGACAUCUUAGUACCAGCAGAAGAUUGGAAUCAGCUAUGUGACCGAGUCGAAGAUCUUCUGGAGGCGUGCGACAAAUGGAACUUGUCGAUCAGCGUUGUCAAGAGUUUCUGGGACAUGCCCAAGGUGGAAUAUCUCGGUCACAAGGUAUCGCACAAUGGACUGGAGGCGAAUCCGAAGGAUCUGUCGGCGUUGACGGAUCUCGAGUUUCCCGGAUCCCUGCGUGCCAUGCAAUCCUUUUUGGGCAGCCUGAACUAUUAUAGUCGCUUCAUCGAGGAUUAUGCGAUCUACGAUCUGGAUCCCCGGUGGAUCCAUGCUCACAGAUCCUUCAAGGUGCUAAAUGAGAAGAUCGCGAAGACGCCGAUCCUACGUCACUUCGAUCCGAAUCAGCAAGCUGUGGUGGUCGUAUAUGCCAGUGAGUGGGCGAUCUCCGGUGCAUUGAUGCAAGAACAUGAUCAGAUCUACUAUCCAGUGAUAUUCGCGAGCCGGACAUUGAAGUCCAAUGAAUUAAAUUACGGGGUCGCGAAGAAAGAGGUGUUGGCAUUGUUGCGUUGGGAGACCAAUCCGAGUGCUGACGCGGCAUUCUACACUGGCUUGGUUAUUUAG